ACCACUCACCCCGAAGUAACGAAAAGAAGAGCCUCAUCUGGAGGUAGAAACAGAUUUACGGAAAAUCACGAGGAACGUCGUUACCAAUAUUUAUGCCACACAUUUUUAUUUUAACGUUGGAGAAGCACUGGGUAAUUCGGAUUCAAGCUAACGUUUGGGUUGUUCCUGCCGCUCCUUGUCUACAGGGGCUUGGAAUAAGCCGGGCUCGGAUUGUCUGCUGCAACUGAACUGUCUGCCUGGACUCAGCAAUAAGAAGUCAGCUGUUAGUUAUAGCUACCGGCAUUUAGUUUAAGGGACAUUAUUGGUAGAUUUUAGCCGCCAUUACUUUAUCCGUAUAAUACGAAGGCGAAAUACUUCGGAUAUUUAAUUAGAUGUUUAUUCUUUCCUCGAAACCAACGGGCUAGUACUGUAGUUAGCUAAUCUAGCUAACGUAACAAGUCCCAGUGCCCACCCAUUAAUUAUAUGCUAACGUUUGCUGGCUGGUGGUGUACUAUACAUCGCCUGUUCGCUGAUCAGCUAAAUUUUUGAUCGGGUAUUGAUUGGAUAUACCACUAGCUGGCGGGGUUUGGUCGCUACCCUGGCAAAGAAACGAGCGAAAAAGAGGAGGCGAAAUAAAGAACAGUAGGACAGCGAGGGAACAAACUAUAGCAACAUUACUGUAGCUAACUAACAACGUUCGUUAUCAUUUGUGGCAUCCAUUUAUUAGCCAUCGAGCUCAUUUGUCAGCUUGGUAUAGCAGCAGCUAGCUAUCUAGUUACCCAACUUGACAGCUCAGAUAUCAUAAACUAACGUUAACGUAACUGGGGUUGUAUUGCUUUCUUUACACAACAAGACCGGCCUUCCAUCGACAGUGUCACUACGUUACUUGCUUGGACAUUUUUGUUAGCUAGCUAAGCGAAUUUGCAACCGCUAACUUUAUCAAUGUCAGCAAGCUAACCCAGUUUUGUGAAGCUGUUGUAAGUGUCAGCUAUCUCCCCCCAGUAGGAGCUGUAGCGUGCAACACAUGGACGGAUAUUGAAUUCAUAUAUAUAUAUAUUUUUGUACGAAAAACACAGUAUACCUGAACAUCUUUCUAGUUAGAUAGCACCAUCGAAAAACAGUCAUGAGUAUCGAGAUACCGGUGGGAUUGACGGAAUUGCUUCAAGGCUACACUGUGGAGGUGCUUCGACAAAGGCCAACAGACCUGGUGGAAUUCGCCGUGCAAUAUUUCACGCGCUUGCGGGACACCAGAAGCCAAGAUGGGGGCGGUGCUGCUGUCAAGCUCGGGAAGGGAGUGGUGUUCGAUGGGGAGCCGAUGCAAACAGAGUCAAAUGGCGACGAUGAAGACGGGUCUGACGAGUCUGAUUUCGAGCCCCCUCCUCCCAGCAGAUAUAACCGGAGAGUGUCAGUGUGCGCGGAGGCCUUUAACCCAGACGACGAUGACGAGGUGGAGGAGCCGAGGGUGGUGCAUCCUAAAACAGACGAGCAGCGCUGUCGACUGCAGGACGCCUGCAAAGAUAUUCUACUGUUCAAGACCCUGGAACAGGAACAGUUCUCAGAGGUCCUGGACGCCAUGUUUGAACUGCGCGUCCAGCCCCAGGAGCAUGUCAUUGACCAGGGAGACGAUGGAGACAACUUCUAUGUGAUCGAGAGAGGAAUCUAUGACAUAGUGGUACUGAUUGAUGGCGUAGGAAAGUGUGUGGGCCAGUAUGACAACAAGGGCAGCUUCGGGGAGUUGGCACUGAUGUACAACACCCCCCGUGCUGCCACCAUCAUUGCCACUCAGGAGGGGGCGCUCUGGGGCCUGGACCGGGCCACGUUCCGUAGGCUCAUUGUGAAGAACAACGCCAAAAAGAGGAGGCUGUAUGAGCAAUUUGUCGAGUCUGUGCCCCUACUGAAGUCUCUGGAGUUAUCUGAGAGGAUGAAGAUUGUGGAUGUAUUAGGAAUGAAGACGUUUUCUGAUGAAGAACGCAUCAUCAUGCAGGGGGACAGGGCAGAUUGUUUCUACAUUGUGGAGUCCGGAGACGUGAAGAUAAUGAUGAAGAGCAAAACGAAGGUAAACCAGGAGGAUAAUGCGGAGGUGGAGAUCACCCGCUGUAGCAGGGGUCAGUACUUUGGGGAGCUGGCACUGGUCACCAACAAGCCCCGCGCUGCAUCAGCGUAUGCUGUGGGAGAGGUCAAGUGCUUGGUAAUAGACAUUCAGGCGUUUGAGCGUCUGCUGGGUUCCUGUAAGGAGAUCAUGAAGAGGAACAUCACCCACUACGAGGAACAGCUGGUGGCUCUGUUUGGCUCCAGCAUGGACCUGAAAUGACCACCCUUCUCCGUGCCUUACACACACGCGCACAUUUACAUUGAUGAACAGAUACAUAGACAUUGAGACACAAGCACUUACAGAAGUACACCCUGACACACAUUUUCUAGCUUAACACACUCCUUUGUAAGCUCGCGCAUAGGUACACACACUUUCUACUCACCCAUGAAUAUCACACACAGACAUUCUUAGUUGCUUGAACCUGCUCCGGCCAAUUUAAAGAGCAACGUCCCUGCUGUUACCACUCUAACGCUGCCACAGCUCAGCAAGGACACACACACACACACAGGCUUGCCCUUUUCUCUCUCUCACACACACACACACACACAUACAUACAUACAGGCUUGUCCUUUUCUCUCUCUCAUACAUGCAUGCAUGCAUGCAUGCAUGCAUGCAUGCGUGCCCUUUUCUCUCUCUCACACACACAAACCUCAGCCAAGGACACAUGCACACACAGACACCUGGUGAAAAGGAAGAAACAAAUUAAAAAGUUUAAAAUGCCCACAAAAAAUAAAGGUUUAAAGAGAAGUUUUAGAAACAUUUUAUGAAGAUGAACAGAAGCUUUGAUAAAAUAUUAUUUCAAUAAAAAGUGUUUCCUCUUUGGGGUUGAGUCCUUUCUGAAAGCUCUCCUACUGUUGUUGAUUGAUUCAGUGCCGGUGAUUACCACAGAAUACCCUAUGUUUCAGGGCUAUUGUUGUUAUCAUUAACUCCACACAUGUAUUGAUUCAUGUAUUAUUAUAUAUUCAUUUUGUUUUACUUUGACCUAUUCAGCUAAAGUACCAUCUCUGACAAUGUAAAACAAAAAUAUAGUGCUUAUUUCUCCUUGGUCAUUCUGAAUGAGUUGUCCUGGAUAAGAAUAAAGCAAACAUUUUGUUAAA